AUGGUCAACUUCACUAUCGAGGAGCUCCGCUCCCUCAUGGACCGCAAGGCCAACAUCCGUAACAUGUCGGUCAUUGCUCACGUCGAUCACGGAAAGUCCACCCUCUCCGACUCUCUGGUCUCUCGUGCCGGUAUCAUUGCUGGUGCCAAGGCUGGUGACGCCCGUUUCAUGGACACCCGUCCUGAUGAGCAGGAGCGUGGUAUCACUAUCAAGUCCACUGCCAUCUCUCUUUACGCCAAGUUCGCCGAUGAGGAGGAUCUCAAGGAGAUUCCCCAGGCCGUCGACGGUAACGAGUUCUUGAUCAACUUGAUCGACUCCCCCGGUCACGUUGAUUUCUCCUCUGAAGUCACUGCUGCCCUCCGUGUCACCGACGGUGCCCUCGUCGUCGUCGACUGUGUGUCUGGUGUCUGCGUCCAGACCGAGACUGUGCUCCGUCAGGCUCUGACUGAGCGUAUCAAGCCCGUCCUUAUCAUCAACAAGGUCGACCGUUCCAUGCUCGAACUCCAGAUCGAGAAGGAGGAACUCUACCAGUCUUUCGCCCGUACCGUUGAGUCCGUCAACGUCAUCAUCGCUACCUACGAGGACCCCGCCCUUGGCAACGUCAUGGUCUACCCCGAGAAGGGUACCGUUGCUUUCGGUUCCGGUCUCCACGGUUGGGCUUUCACCGUCCGCCAGUUCGCCGUCAAGUUCGCCAAGAAGUUCGGUGUUGACCGCAAGAAGAUGCUCGAACGUCUGUGGGGUGACAACUACUUCAACCCCAAGACCAAGAAGUGGACCAAGACCCAGCCCGAGGUCGACGGCAAGCCCGUUGAGCGUGCUUUCAACAUGUUCAUUCUUGACCCCAUCUACAAGAUCUUCCAGCUUGUCACCAACGACAAGAGGGACCAGAUCCCCGCUCUCCUUGAGAAGAUCGAGGUUAAGCUUGCAAGCGACGAGAAGGACCAGGCCGGCAAGCAGCUCCUCAAGACCAUCAUGCGCAAGUUCCUUCCCGCUGCCGACGCUAUGCUUGAGAUGAUCUGUAUCCACCUUCCUUCUCCCGUCACUGCUCAGAAGUACCGUGCUGAGACUCUGUACGAGGGUCCUGCUGAUGACGAGGCUUGCAUUGGUAUCCGUGACUGUGACCCCAAGGCUCCUCUCAUGCUUUACGUCUCCAAGAUGGUUCCCACCUCCGACAAGGGUCGUUUCUACGCUUUCGGUCGUGUCUACGCCGGUACCGUCAAGUCCGGUCUUAAGGUCCGCAUCCAGGGUCCUAACUACACUCCUGGCAAGAAGGAGGACCUGUUCAUCAAGUCCAUCCAGCGUACCAUUCUCAUGAUGGGUCGUUUCGUCGAGCCCAUCGAGGAUGUUCCCGCCGGUAACAUCGUCGGUCUCGUCGGUGUUGACCAGUUCUUGCUCAAGUCUGGUACCCUCACCACCUCCGACACUGCCCACAACCUCAAGGUCAUGAAGUUCUCCGUUUCCCCCGUCGUGCAGCGCUCCGUUGAGGUCAAGAACGCUGGUGACCUGCCCAAGCUUGUCGAGGGUCUUAAGCGUCUCUCCAAGUCCGACCCCUGUGUCCUUACCAUGAUCAACGAGUCUGGUGAGCACGUCGUUGCCGGUGCUGGUGAGCUCCACCUCGAAAUUUGCUUGAAGGAUCUCGAGGAGGACCACGCUGGUGUUCCUCUCCGUAUCUCCGACCCCGUCGUUUCCUACCGUGAGACCGUUACCGAGAAGUCUUCCAUGACUGCUCUGUCCAAGUCCCCCAACAAGCACAACCGUCUCUACAUGGUUGCCGAGCCUCUCGGCGAGGAGGUCUCCAAGGCCAUUGAGGAGGGCAAGAUCAACCCCCGUGACGAUUUCAAGGCCCGUGCUCGUAUCCUUGCGGAUGACUACGAGUGGGAUGUCACCGACGCCCGUAAGAUUUGGUGUUUCGGUCCCGACACCACUGGUGCCAACUUGCUCGUUGACCAGACCAAGGCCGUCCAGUACCUCAACGAAAUUAAGGACUCCGUCGUCUCCGGUUUCCAGUGGGCCACUCGUGAGGGUCCCGUUGCUGAGGAGCCCAUGCGCUCCGUCCGCUUCAACGUCCUUGAUGUUACCCUUCACGCUGAUGCCAUCCACCGUGGUGGUGGUCAGAUCAUCCCUACCGCUCGUCGUGUCCUCUACGCCUCCACUCUCCUUGCCGAGCCCGGUAUCCUCGAGCCCAUCUUCAACGUCGAGAUCCAGGUUCCCGAGCAGGCUAUGGGUGGUAUCUACGGUGUCCUUACUCGCCGCCGUGGUCACGUCUACACUGAGGAGCAGCGUGUCGGUACUCCUCUGUUCACCGUCAAGGCUUACCUGCCCGUCAACGAGUCCUUCGGUUUCCCCGGUGAGCUUCGCCAGGCCACUGGUGGUCAGGCCUUCCCUCAGUCCGUCUUCGACCACUGGGCUGUUCUUCCUGGUGGUUCUCCUCUUGACGUCACUACCAAGCCUGGUCAGGUCGUCAACGAGAUGCGUAAGCGCAAGGGUCUCAAGGAGGCUGUUCCCCCUUACACCGAAUACUACGACAAGCUGUAA